AUGUCGCAUCCCACCAAUACCACCAAUGGUGCCCAUCACCAGCUCAUCUACUCUCCACCACUCUCAUCCCCCGCUCCGAUUGAUACAUCCGACAUCUCUCAAACAGAUCUUUUCAUGGACUCCCAGCUCCGCGCCGGUGGUCCCUAUCUCUGUGCUAUUCCAACGAUAUCCACUACGAUUCAUCCAACACAUCCCUCUUACGGCAUACAUCUUAAUAAGGACCUCCUCAUUGAGGGAGCAAAAGAAUAUCUCAACGACGCUGGCAUCAUGCACACACAGUUUAUAAUAUGUCAACAGUGGUCAGAGUACUGGCCUGAAGCUAUCCCAGUGCCAACCAUGAUCAUCUAUGCGAGAAGACAGAGCCAAGAUGAGCAGUGGCGUGAGACAGCCAGAGAGAUCUACGCAUAUUUCCAACGAAACGGUUUCGGAGAUGUCUGUGUUGACAUAAGAGACGAAGAGCUUCGAAAACCUCUUCGGUCCUGGCAUGACCAGUCAGAUCAGGUCUGUCAAAUCGAGGACACCUUGGAUGAGGAGCUCAGCAAAAUCAUCCCCCGUGAUGAUUAUAUCACCACGAUGUUUUCCAAAAGCGGGCGAGCGGAGGAGAAGGAGGAUAACCCUCCAACUAUCACGAUACUGUUCUUCCUCCAUAUGGAUCUAUUCAGACAGUAUAAAAAGGAAAUAGACGAUGUUCGAGAUUUACUGGCACGGUUCGAUAUCACAGAUACUGCGAUCAUUUUCCGCAAGGAUGAGAUUUGGAGGGGACCGGCACGUGGACCGACUUUUUCUUUUGGAUCAUGGGUUUAG